UAACGAUUCGCCAUGGCGCCAAGGGAAGCCGUAAAUGUGCAAGAAUUUGCGGAGACGCAGCUAUCGCUGUUACAGCGCGAGUUGCAGAGCGAGAUUGACGAAACCAGCGCUCUCAUCUCCAACCACAGCCCCGCCGGAUUGCAGCGUGCUGGCCUUGCCCUUACCAACUUGGUGGUGGCGUCCCAGAGGACUGGUCUUGGUGGACGAACUGUCAUGGAAUUGGGUCAAGAUCCGGCAACUUCAAGCUCGGACGAAUUACCGGAGCAUGGUAUUCGCACGGGAGAUAUCGUCUUGGUAUCGGAACAGCCAGCAGGCAGCGCUAAGAAGCGGGAGGUCAAGGAUCUGGAGAGCAAAGGCUCCCGCGGCGUGGUGACAAGAAUUCAAAGAACAGCGGUCUAUGUUGCCAUUGAUGAGGGCAAAGAUGAAGUUGCCUUUUCUGGUAAAGUUUGGCUGGUCAAGUUGGCGGAUGAGGUCACAUAUCGACGGAUGAACCAAGUAAUGGAAAAGCUCCAGAAGAUGGCAGAGGCAGAGUAUUCCACCUUUAUACGAGUCCUCUUUGGGCUCUCGAGUCCAUCCAUCCCUAGUGACGCUUCCACAAAAGGAAUCCAAUGGUUUGAUGAUACGCUCAACGAGUCACAGAAAGACGCUAUUGGAUUUGCUUUAGCGUCUAGCGAAGUGGCAUUAGUCCAUGGCCCUCCAGGCACUGGCAAAACUCAUACGCUGAUCGAGCUCAUCCUGCAACUUAUUAAGCAAAAUAAACGAAUAUUGGUUUGCGGGCCGUCAAAUAUAUCUGUGGAUAAUAUUGUCGAACGACUAUCAACCCAUAAAAUUCCUAUUUUACGACUCGGCCAUCCGGCUAGGCUGCUGCCGUCAGUUGUGAACCAUUCCUUGGAUGUAUUGACACAAACAUCUGAAGCCGGUGCCAUUGUCAAAGACGUACGCGCUGAGAUGGAUGCAAAGCAAGCGUCCAUUAAAAAGACUCGAAGCGGCAGAGAGAGACGCGAAAUUUAUAACGACUUGAAAGAGCUACGAAAAGAAUAUCGUGAACGUGAGAGGAAAUGCGUUAGCAACUUGGUUAGUGGCAGCAAGGUGGUGCUGGCAACUCUUCAUGGUGCAGGUGGUCAUCAGCUUCGAAACGAAACAUUCGACGUUGUUAUUAUAGAUGAAGCCAGUCAAGCGCUAGAGGCUCAAUGCUGGGUUCCUCUGUUGUCUGCCAAGAAGGUGGUAUGCGCUGGUGACCAUCUCCAGUUGCCGCCAACGAUCAAAUCACUUAAUUCGAAAACUGCAGCAAAGCCGGUUGGCACCAACAAACUCAGCAAGUCAGCAACGCUUGAAACGACGUUGUUUGACAGACUGUUGGCUCUCCAUGGCCCCUCUAUCAAACGAAUGCUGACUACGCAAUACCGCAUGAAUGAAAAGAUUAUGAGAUUCCCGUCUGACGAGUUGUACGAAUCCAAACUUAUAGCGGCGGAGUCUGUCAAGGACCGACUACUCAAGGACCUCAAGUAUGAGGUUGCGGAUACUGAAGAUACAAAUGAGCCUGUUAUUUUCAUAGAUACACAAGGCGGUGAUUUCCCAGAAAAGAAUGAAGAUGACGAUAAAGACAAUCCAAAGAAAGGGAGAGCGGCUCUACAUAGCGACAGUAAAAGCAACGAAAUGGAAGCGGCGUUGGUCAAACAGCACGUGUCGCAACUCGUUGACGCUGGGGUACGUCCAGAGGAUAUUGCAGUUGUUACACCAUACAACGCUCAGCUCGCUGUGCUCGCGCCUCUCAAGGAGACGUUUCCCGGAAUAGAACUUGGUAGUGUGGACGGAUUCCAAGGCCGCGAGAAGGAAGCCGUAAUAGUCAGCCUUGUUCGAAGUAAUAGUGAAGGAGAAGUAGGCUUUUUAGGUGAAAAGCGACGCCUAAACGUGGCCAUGACUCGGCCGAAGCGAUCACUUACGGUUAUUGGCGACUCCGAAACUGUGCGAAGAGGAAGCGCAUUCUUGAAAAAGUGGAUGGAAUUUCUGGAAGAACAUGCCGAUUUGCGCUACGCCGACGUCGCCACUGUGACCGCGCAUGCAUGAAGUCUCCGGGUGGCGCUAUAGCUGGUUCCUAAAAAUACAAGUUUUAUCCGUGAACAGCGAUCAUCAAGACCCAGCGUCUUGGUCACUAGGCCCAGAUUUGCACUGCAUUGGUAGUAGACUGGCCUUGUUCUGCAUCUGAGCGAGACUACUCCCCGGCCACCUCUUGUGCACAGACUUGCCUGAUUGGGAACCGCCGAGGACUGUGUCCCGACAGAGAUUUUGUCAAUAUUCGACGAAAAAUACAAAACAAUACUGUCGAUAUGAAGAUGCCAGAGUGAAACUUGUAAGAUAGAAGAGAUCUUUGUAAUAUAUUUACAGCUGUGACCGGUGCUGGCAGUGCCGGGCAGCUGUCGACCGUCCGCCAGGUGGCAGUAAGCAAACACCAAAGGCGUUCGUAGGUGGUUCAUGGCCCCUCCACAGGCCAGGCUUUGACCUUGCACCAACACAAUCGCAGGCUAGCCUCUUUUUUUUGUUCUCCGCCACGGACCCUCUCAGCCUAACUCGCAUUUAUUUUUAGACUCGUGUUGCUCUUUUUGGCCGCAUUAGGCCCAAAGACCUAGCAUUUGGUAGCCACGCUCCG